UUUCACCCGCCGACAUUUUUGCUGCCGCUGGGGCCCGGCGCCGUGGAGUCCCCUGGCCGGGGAGCCUGGCGCGCGCCGCUCCCGGGGAACGUUCCAUCCCCUCCCCGCCCUCCCCGGGGCUGCGGCGGCAAUGGGGGGCGGCUGCGGCUGUUCGUCUUUAAACGCUGUCCCUGCAUCUCUGCUUCCACCGAAGGGUUAACUCCGCUUCUGCUGACAUUUUACCUGCCUCCCCCCGCACUUUUGCUGCUAAUAAUUUCGUGUGUAAGGGAGAACAUUCUCUCCCCUCCCCCCGCAAAGAUCUGUUUGUAGGAGCCUCCUUUGGGGGGUUCGAAGGGGAUUGCUGUGUGCACGGUUCUUUCCUGUGCACAGCCAGCCAGGCUCCCACACGGCUGCACAAAGAGCAGCAGUAGAGGCCCUUGCUUGCCUUUAAAGGCAGCAGCUUGAAAUUUAAGGUGUCCCAGAGCCAUGUCUCUCCGCAGCCUUCUGCGCUACACUCCAUGGAGAAAUGCUCGUUGCAGUUCUUCGCCUUGUAGAUGCCCCUCACUUGUGUUGCCAUUCCCUGUCCUUGGGUUUAUUUUGGGUUGAUCAGCAGAGAAACCAACAGAUACGUUUGCUCAAGGUGGGGGGGAAGGUAGCACUCAGAACCAUGUCUGUUCGGGAGUCCUUUAACCCAGAAACUUACGAACUGGACAAGAGCUUCCGACUGACUCGAUUCACUGAACUUAAAGGCACAGGCUGUAAAGUGCCUCAGGAUGUUUUACAGAAACUGCUUGAGUCCCUACAAGAAAACCAUUUUCAAGAAGAUGAACAGUUUCUGGGAGCAGUUAUGCCCAGGUUGGGAAUUGGGAUGGACACUUGUGUCAUUCCUUUAAGACAUGGUGGUUUGUCUUUGGUCCAGACAACAGAUUACAUUUAUCCCAUUGUGGAUGACCCUUAUAUGAUGGGGCGUAUAGCUUGUGCCAAUGUAUUAAGUGACCUUUAUGCUAUGGGGGUCACAGAAUGCGACAACAUGUUGAUGCUCCUUGGGAUCAGUAAUAAAAUGACAGAUAGGGAAAGGGACAAAGUGAUGCCUCUAAUUAUCCAGGGUUUCAAAGAUGCAGCAGAAGAGGCAGGAACAUCUGUGACUGGUGGCCAAACAGUGUUAAAUCCUUGGAUUGUUUUAGGAGGAGUGGCCACUACAGUCUGUCAGCCUAAUGAAUUUAUAAUGCCAGACAAUGCAGUGCCAGGAGAUGUACUUGUGUUGACUAAACCCUUGGGAACGCAAGUGGCUGUAGCUGUCCACCAAUGGCUAGAUAUUCCAGAAAAAUGGAAUAAAAUAAAGCUAGUGGUAACUCAAGAAGAUGUGGAGUUAGCAUACCAGGAGGCAAUGAUGAACAUGGCAAGGCUCAACAGAACAGCUGCUGGACUCAUGCACACUUUCAAUGCACACGCAGCUACAGAUAUCACAGGAUUUGGAAUCCUGGGGCAUGCACAGAACCUAGCCAAACAACAACGAAAUGAGGUGUCCUUCGUUAUCCAUAACCUUCCUGUCCUAGCCAAGAUGGCUGCAGUUAGCAAAGCAUGUGGCAAUAUGUUUGGCCUCAUGCAUGGGACCUGUCCUGAGACGUCAGGAGGUCUCCUUAUCUGUUUACCACGUGAACAGGCAGCACGUUUCUGCGCCGAGAUCAAAUCUCCGAAAUACGGCGAGGGUCACCAAGCAUGGAUUAUUGGGAUUGUAGAGAAGGGCAAUCGUACUGCCAGAAUAAUAGAUAAACCACGAAUCAUUGAAGUUGCACCACAAGUGGCCACUCAAAAUGUGAACCCGACACCUGGUGCCACUUCUUAAUCUAGAUAAAAUAGCUAUUUGUUUUGUUUUUAAAUAGAUCUAUUCCUUUAUCAUCCUACAAUUAAAGAACUGUAAAAAGAAAAAAAAACUUCAUUGUGUCUGCACAUCUGAUGGCCUUAGGUCAGUUUGAGUGGAUACAAUUAAUAAAAUAAAAUCCAUUGCCUUUUUUUCCUGUUACAUUAACUGAAGAUGCACCUAAUCUUGAGGCAGCUUCUGAGUUGAGAAUUAUAUUGUUAUCCAAUACUGUUGAUUCAUUUUGAAUCUUUAGACACUUAUCUCUUGCCGCAUAGGCUCUUUUUAAAGGUGCUUUCACGUAGCACAGACAUUACCAGUAGUAGUGUCAAAUAGCAGUGUGUGUCCUUUCAUUAUAUGUAUAUUUAUCAUUGUCUAAUUUUGGAUGCCUUGAAUGAUAUUCUGGAAAGGCAGUAAAUUGAUAGGUGACACAGUGGGUAUACUCAAGUAGUAAGAGGGUUGCAUGAUUACAUUCAAUCUUUGAUUUGUAAAGUUUAGUUUUACUCAACAGCAUCUACAACCCUGGACAUUGCUUGGUAGCACACUCUGUUAAACAAGCAAGUGCUAACUUUGCAUGGAAAGCACUUCAUAGUUGAAGGAGAAAUUUUAAUUUCAUUAUUUGUAGACCUGACAAUAUUUACUGUAUUAUCAAUAAUUGUUUUCUUUAUUGAUAGUAAGGAAAAAAUAAUAAUUGCUCAGUUUUGCAACGUGAUUGGAUGUGCUAUAGUGCAACAAAGGAAUUGCAGACCAAAAGGAGUUUUCUGUAUAAUAUUCAUUUACAAUUCACUAUAUAAUUAACUACACAAAUAAUUUUUAAAUAUAAUCACUUUAAAAACAAACCUCUGUUCUGUGGAUGGUAGUGUUUAAUACAUUUUACAUUUUGUAUAGUGAUUACAAACCUUUUUUUGUUUCUUUAAAAUCAGCAGCUGUUUAGUAUAUUUUUAGUAUUUUUGUUCUUUGCUCAAAUACCUUUUGUGAACGCUUCUGUGAUCUGUGUUUAAAAUCUACAUUGCCAACUUUGCAGCUUGAACUUAAGCUUGUUAUUCAAAUAAAUAUUUAAUUUUUUUUAUUGCUCUUGUA